AUGACUGAUGGUGGUAUCAGAAGAUCCUUUGAUUUCACUCUAAAUUUGGAUCUAGGGCCUUCAAUUAAGGAUUUCAUCAUCGAACAGAGAUUUGAAUUACAAAUCAACAUAAAUUUUGUUUAUGUUUACUUGGAAAUUAAAGUUGUAAUGGAACAUCGUCCUCCUAUUGACGAAGAUUUUAUCGUUGAUCUCGAGAGUGGCACCAUUGAAGAACGAAUCCCUAAUCCCCAAUCUGAUGAAAAUCUAGCAAGAAACGAUUUCAUUUCCACCAGAUUAUGUGACCAAUUGAAUGUCGAUCCAUUAAAUGUGAAGGUGGUAAUCGACUCAAAGAUAGAAGGAGAUUCGACAAUGAAGAAAAUGGGGAAAGAGAAACGUAAAAAGUCGUGUUCAAGUGCUAAAAAACCACCUAAACCACCACGUCCACCUAGAGGCUUUUCUUUAGAUGCUGCUGAUCAGAAGCUUAUCAAAGAGCUUGCUGAACUUGCCAUGAUGAAAAGGGCAAGAAUCGAGAGGAUGAAAGCACUCAAGCAAAAGAAAGCAUUAAAAGCUUCAUCUUCAUCAUCAAUCAGUGGUAGCUUGUUUGCUAUGAUCUUUACAAUCAUCUUCUUCCUAAUGAUAUUCCACCAAGGAAUGUCAUGCCAAAAUUCGAGUGUAACUUCUCAGGGUUCUCCUCAAACAGCUCAAACAAACGAAAAUGGUUUAGUAUUUACACAAGAACAACUCAAUCCAUCCGCUAGUGAUUCCAUUCUACCCGAUUCUAAAUCUUCAAGUUUUUUUCAAAAGAUUCCCGGUUCAGGUUUUGUUAGCAGGAAAGUACUUUCGUCUAGUGUUAUGCAAGACAAGAGAAAACAAAAUAGUAGCUAAAUAAAAAAAUAAAAACAAAAAGGUAGCCUCCAUGUGGCAAUGCCUGUGACAACAAUGUUGUACCAUGUGUAUAGUAACAAGUUAUUUGUUAUGCGGUAUAUGACAUGAAAGAACAGAACAGCUGGAUGGACUGAGAAUGACACUGAUGUCAGUAGCCAAAAUUAUGAUUUUUAUGGCACCCAAAAAGGUGUAACAUGGACUCGUUGCGGUCUAUGUUUUGUGCAAAAAGACGUUAAUGUCCUCCUCAUCGUCAAAAAUUGCAAAAGUUUGUUCGGUUUCAUCCGGUCCAGUACUACAAUUUAGUCUGGUUCUGUUAAGUAUUGUUUGUGUAACAAAAUUUAGUUUAAAGGAUAGUUUUUGUACUUAUUCUAAUUGUGCUACUAGAACAGGGCUUUUUUUAUUAUAUAGAGAUGAGAAAUCGGCAAUUUAGCUG